UCUCUCUCUCUCCCGGGGAGAAGCGGGGUCCCCGGUGAGUUUAAAUGCGAACAGCACGUGGAUAGUACAACCCUCUCGAGCAGGACGCUCCGUGUAGCAGCCGGGGAGCUCGAGGAGGGGACAGAUGCAGCAGGGAGGAGGACAUUUACUACCCGCCGAGGACGCGUGGAUGGGAUCCAACUGAUUUUUUCCUGGAGGUGAUUAAGUUAUGUCGAAUCUUAACACCUAGGACAGUUUGUCUUCGGAGUGAAUUGUUGAAUAUUUUUCUGAUUUAGUCCGUUUCUGUCUCGGAAUGGAUUGGAGAUGACAGCGCUGAAUAUAAGAGGCAGGUGGGAGAGAGAGAGAGAAAGAGGGGAAAGGGACGGUGUGAUUUCAACGUUUUUCUCCAAAGACGUGAAAUAUAACUAACCUUUGUGGAUGUGUGCUAGCAAAUAACACAUAUUAUUUCCCAGAUUUUUUUAUUUGUAUUUUUUUUUACCGUCAUGACCUGAGUGAUUAAAAUAAUGGAUUUCUUGAAUUUCUCCGGGGUGGUAGACGAGUGGAAUACCACAUACACCAACUCCUCGGCUACCGGGAACAGUAAGUACUCUCUCCUCUCCAUAACCGGACUGACGGUAGUCGUUGGCUUUCUCAUCCUGUUUACUAUUGUGGGCAACGUUCUGGUGGUCAUCGCCGUUUUGACCAGCCGCGCUCUCAAACCGCCGCAGAACCUCUUUCUGGUGUCUCUCGCCAGUGCGGACAUCCUGGUGGCUACUCUCGUCAUGCCCUUCUCUUUAGCAAAUGAACUCAUGGGCUACUGGUUCUUCGGGAAAGUUUGGUGCGACAUCUACUUGGCGUUGGACGUCCUCUUUUGUACGUCGUCUAUAGUUCACCUGUGCGCUAUCAGCCUCGAUCGUUACUGGUCCAUCACCCAGGCGAUAGAAUACAACCAGAAGCGGACUCCUAAACGGCUGAACGGGAUGAUCGUGGUGGUAUGGCUGAUCUCGGCCGUUAUUUCCUUUCCGCCGUUGAUCUCCAUGGACAGGAGCAGCGGUGGGGAGAUCAGUCCUCAGUGUCGGCUGAAUGACGAGACCUGGUAUAUUCUCUACUCCAGCAUAGGAUCCUUCUUCGCUCCCUGCGUUAUCAUGAUACUAGUGUACAUCAGGAUCUACCAGGUUGCUAAGACGCGGACGCGGACCAUGUCAGAGAAGAAGAGAGAGGUGGAGGACAACGGAACCGCCCCGUUAGACGUUAACGGGUUGGAGCAGGGGGGCGAGGAGGGGUGCGGAGGGUCUCUGAAGGAAAACGGUGGGUGCGGAGGGGUUGCCCGGGAGAAUGGGCACUGCCAGCGGCAGCAGAAGACGCCGGUACCACCGGGGCUGUUACCCAACGAGCCCAAUUUAACCCCCGACCCCGACGAUGGAGACGACUUUGACGACAGCAGCUCGUCUGACGAAAAACCCACAUCCGCCAAAAAACAUUCCUCUUCCCAUCAGCAUCACCACCAUCACCACCACCACCAUCACCAUGACGACAAGAAGGAUUCCAAACCUUCAGAGAGAAGGAAGUCCACAGGAAGCAGGAAGAGCAGCUUGGCUUCGUCCAAACGCUCAGAGAGCAAGAAGUCGCGCACCAGCUCUAAGUCCAUUGAGCUGUUUUCGUCACGUAGGAAGCGGCGGAGCACCGUAAACAGGAAGAAAAUAACAGCAGCGAGGGAGAAGAGGUUUACCUUCGUCUUGGCGGUGGUGAUGGGCGUCUUCGUGAUCUGCUGGUUCCCCUUCUUCUUCAGCUACAGCCUGUAUGGAGUGUGCCGGGCGCCAUGUGAGAUCCCUGAGUCUCUUUUUAAGUUCUUCUUCUGGAUAGGCUAUGUUAACAGCUCCCUCAACCCUGUCAUCUACACCAUCUUCAACCAGGACUUUAGACGAGCCUUCCAGAAGAUUCUAGUCUGCAAGUCAGGGAAGAGGUCUUUCUGA